CCGCAAAGAGUUUGUUUUGCCCAAGUCGAGCUCUGAAGCGGGGUUGGUUAGGAUGUUUUGCGAGGCUGGCGCCACUGGCCAACUUUAACUUUCAGCCCACGCGGAUCAUCAUCCAACAUCACCAACCAACCAGCACCACCACCAACGACAGCAAGACGUUAGUCAUCAUAUGCUGGCCGAGAACCUUAGUCCAAUAUACACUAAGGCUAUCUAUAUAUUAUAGAGAGCAGCUCCUCCAAAGACAUGUCUCUGGAUACCCCUCCCAUCGACAAUCUUUCGGUGCACGAAGAUGGUCCAACAGAACCAGCACAGCCUUGGGACAGGCGGCGAGACAAACGCCAAUUGUCAUGUACAUUCUGUAGGCGUCGCAAGGUGCGAUGUGAUCGCCAAUUACCUUGCAACACAUGUGUUAGUAGGGGCAUCGCCAUGGACUGCACAUACUCGCAGGGCUCAAAGAAAAAAGGCGCGUCAAGCGUAGGCGACCGCAUCAGGGAGCUUGAAAGCCUGGUCAGCUCUCUCCUACAACAACAACAGGAUGCUCAUAGCCCACCUGGCACUUCGAUCAACAGACCGAUGACCGAAACAUUAUCGUGGCAGAAUACAGGCGAUGAUCUCAACUGGGCUAAUGCAACUACCGAUAUGAAUGCGCUGAGCAAUCUGCAUGUACAGCAGUUUACGCAGGAGCAUGUCCGGCCAAUAUCAGCUAUACCAGGUGUGCCAGCUGCGCCAGCUGCGCCAGCUGUGACAGUUGCAUCAGGGACACAACCGCGUGAUAUGGGCUCACCAACCGCACACAAGUCCGCCUCAGAACUUGCCAGUAUACGUGGAAGCCCUCGAAGUACAAAGUACGUCGACAGCAGCCACUGGGCCUCAGUUCUAGACGGUAUUUCGCAACUCAAGAACCAGUAUGAAAUGGAAGAGGAAGAAAGAAGAGCGGCUGCCGACGAUGAAGCAGUGGAGGAACAAAAUCCAGGUCCUCGCUUGCUCUACCAACCUGUUUAUGUCACAAGAGCCGACAUAUUGGCUUCGCUCCCAGAGCGGUCGCUAGUAGACCGUCUCGUGGCGCGAUACUUUAAUGAAAAGAACCCUCUACUCUUGGUUCUUCAUAGUAACCAAUUUCAACGCGAGUACGAAGCAUUCUGGCAGAAUCCAGAAGAUGUUUCUAUUCACUGGAUCGGUCUGCUCUUCAGCGUCAUAUGCAUCACGUUACGGAGUAUGCAGGCAUCGGAAAACCUAGACGGUUUUGAUAAUCAACAUCUUAUGGGUUUAUUUCACGAGCGUGCGGCUCAGUGCUUAAUCCUCGGAAAGUAUACAAACGGGGGCAAGUACGCUUUAGAAACGCUACUACAUCAUUGUGUCAAUGAGGUAUUCCUUCAUACAGAUACUGAGCGUGGUAUUUGGUUCUUAGUCGGAGACAUUGUACAGCUUGCAGUCAGUCUUGGAUAUCAUCGAGACCCUAGCCGCUUCCCUAACAUCUCGCCGUUCGAUGGAGAAAUGCGGCGGCGUGUGUGGGCAGCCGUCAUGCAAUUCGAUUUUCGCCUGUCUGUUCGGAUGGGACUGCCACGGUUGAUUAAAAGUCAAGACUACGAUACGGCAGAGCCUCGAAAUAUUUUUGAUGAAGAUUUCAGCAUGGAAAGUCUCGAAAUUCGACCGUCACGGCCAGAGACGGAGGUGACUCCGAUGCUUUUCAACCUUGCGAGAAGUCGCAUAGACAAUACAAGCAGACAGGUUCUGGACCUUGUCUCGGGAGGCGAGGAACCAUCAUAUCAUGAGAUUCUAGAAAUGAAUCAGAAGCUUCAGAAAGCAAACGCAGACCUUCCACACGUCUUCCAAUGGCAACCUUUACAUCAAUCAUUCGCAACAUCGCCACGCAUUUUAUUGGCACGGAUAUGGCUUCAACUCGCCAUACAUCGCCUGGUUAUUUGGCUGCACAGAAAGUACCUUUCUCGUUCUUAUUCGCAUGCAGAAUAUGACCAUUCGCGGAGCGCCUGUGUGGCGGCCGCCAUGAAGACACUUGAACUACAACAAAUUUUAGAUCAAGAAAUGCGGCCUGCCGGGCGGCUCUAUUCUGUCAAACAUACCCAGUCGCCGCUGAUCCAGUCGCCGAUGCUUCUCGCCGUUAGCGUUUUAUGUUAUUACCUGGAACUAGCCAAGACAGCGCCUGAUAUUCCGGUUGAUUCGGCCCUUGAUGCCAAAAUUGAAUCGCUUCUUCGAACUACGUACCCAACUUGGCUGCAAUCAAGCAACGUAUCGCGUGAUGCCCAGGAAGCUACUCACCAUCUUAGCAUAGCACUAGGGUUACAAGCUCGCCAGGACGAGGAUCCCGUUCCUCCUAUAAAUAACUUUUACAUGGAACAAGAGGCGUGGGAUGCAUACCGAGAUUGCGUCGCCGAUUUUUCUGAAUCGUUUUACGUGGAUCUUACUGGGGCAAUAGACCCAUCGCUAUUGUUCCCAUUUACAGAGAAAUCAUAUCAGCUAUCUUAAAAAGAAGAAGAGAAAAAUAUUAAUUAAAUGCGAGAGUACCAAUACCGAUUAUGACAUAAAGGUGCUCUACGAAAUGUACCAUUCAGCAACACAAGCCGGAUCAUCGUUGAACUUAACCACUGACCGAAACACAAGUCAAUUUCUUCAAUAACAACGCCAAUAUCUAUUGUAUGUCUAUUCUAUAGGCCGAUUCUUUCGCGCAAAAGGUUUUUCACCAUGAUGGCUUUUUGACUAAAUCCGUCGGAGCUGCUCUCUUGCAUCCUGCCCAAGUUGAUAAGCAUAAUCAUUGCUGUGUCUCGAGCGGCAGCAGCGCCGUUACCAAGCUUGCUCUCGAUGUCUUGAAGCAUACUUAACAUCAUUCUAACAGCAUUAGACAUUUGAUGCAGACCAAUGGCGGCAUCUAUACUAGUCAAGUCUCCCCAGCGAAGCGUACUAGUCCCACCAGGCGUGGUGUUCCCGCCUCCAAGAUCGCCAGCGACGGCGCGAUUGCCGAUCCCAUGGGCCCCCACUUCCACACCUUGUUCACUUGGUAUGUAAUUUAAAUGUCUUUUGAAAUCGUCAAGUACAAUGUUGUAAAGGCGCAUAAGCCAUAUAUAACCGCACAUGACCAGGAGAAUGGUUGGCGCAGCAGGAGAGGUGUUAUUGGUGUGAUGGUCGCCACCGACGCCGCUCUGACUUGCGUUGUUAAAAGUCACUUCGACCGUAUCACGGAAUUGCCGUGAUAGGUCAAGUAUGCUGCCAAUUGGAUACGUCUCUAAACUGCAUUGGCUGCUUUCCGCAUUCCACGGGAGCUGUUCCAGUUUCCAUAGUUGCUGCUGGAUCUCAGCAACAAGAGACAUAAGACGCUGGUCUCCGGACAGGCUGGUCGCCGCAAUAUUGUCUACAACCAUGGCAUCUGUGGGUAGCCGGUGCAUUUGAUAGCUACCAAGGCUCGAUGGCGACGACUCGAAAGUGAAAUUGGUCUGCGCGUGCUCAACGUCGAACGUGUUACUGGCAUCCAUGUCAAACGGCUGUAACCAAUCGAAUGUGAAUCCAUCAUCAGCCCCUUUCGAAUAAUCGAGAUUUACUCCAAGGAGUUUCAUCGAUACUGUAUCGUCACCGAGAGAUCCGUUAUCGUUCGUCAUAUCGUAUUUGACGUUGGACAAGUUGGUACAUGGGAGAAGGGGGGGCGACAUGGUCGACACAGUUGAGACAGGAGGUGUGAUAAUACCAGCGUCCGUCUCGUUUGACGUUUGGGAUGGAGGAGUGGACAAGCGGUCUUGUUCUUUGUCUUUUCGUUUGCAAGAGUUCUUUGUCGACGAUGCUGAUCUGCGUCCAAAUAUACAAGGGACUCUAGCUCGCGUGCAUCGUUGGCAAGUUUUGGCACCCGCCGGCACGGAGCAUUUUAGCUUUUGCAAACGGCACCGAUCACACGAUAACCGCAAGGAUAGGUAUGCAUUGCCGCCAUUGCCACAAUCGGAGACCAUUAUGAGUAUAUUGCAGAAGAAGUGAGUGAUGGCGGAGAGAAGAUGUUUCAAGACUUGGGUGUAGCCAACGGUGCCUCCAAUUACCCAAUGGCAAGGACGAAGGCGUGCAAUAUAAAUGUCCCCCAUAGGCAUGCAGCGUGCACUAGAUUGCAGCAGCAACGGCUUCAGUAGUAGCAGCAGCUGUAAACAGCCCCCGUCGAUCGACCAAACCCUGUUUGAGGCUGUACGUGUAAGCCACCCCUGCAAAGGCCAUGCCGGAAGUAAGAUGCGACACCGAGUACAGGCCAGUUGCUGGAUAUCGGGUCAUCUUCUUUAGGAAGGUCCAAUUUCGCGAUGGCAUUACGAUUCAAAGCCUUGUAGGAUCUGGUCCCCUAAUUUUUCUUUUUCAGAGUUAACUGAAAUAUUGGUGAUUUCGCUUUUCUCCUACCG